AGAGUGUGUGUGACACAGUCCUGCUUAGCUCCUCUCCUAAUCUUCCCUUAGCAAUAACUCUUUGCUCAACACCAUCAUCUACAGGCCGAUGGGUGUACAGUCACUAAAUAUACACAUACAUUUGUUUAUUUUAUGGCCCCCCAUGAAUGAAAUUUCAUGAAACUUGGCAUACCCCAGAGGAUGUCAGGUUAAUCGUACACAUGAAAUUUGGUGCAGUUCAGGACAUCUCAACUGAAGAAAGGGGCAAUUAAAGCAGUAUAAUGUUGCUUUUUCAUUUUUAGGGGUCCUUGGGCUGAAAAAGGUUGAAGCAGGAGUCUUCAACCUUUUUCAUAAUUCAACCAUUUUUUAUAAUUCAUGAUUAAGGGCCUCCUACCUCCUAGGUACUCAGUAGUUUGCAUGACCUCACAUGUUCAUCUCCUAAAGAGCCGUCGGGGCAUGUGACGUCAGACGUCGGGGCAUGUGACGUCAGAUGGUGUCCUGGGGGAACUGCUCCCAUCACCGAGCUCCUCCAGUCUGUGGUGCUGGCGGUGUUGGAUGGACCAAAACAUAAUGUCCCAGAGGUGUUCUACUGGAUUUAAGUCAGGGGAGUGUGGGGGACAGUCAAUGGUAUCAAUUCCCUCAUCCUCUAGGAACUGCCUGCACACUCUCGCCACAUGUGGCAGGCCAUUGUUGUGCACCAGGGGGAACCCAGGGCCCACUGCACCAGUACAGGGUCGGACAAUGGGUCUGAAGAUUUCAUUCCGAUACCUAAGAGCAGUGAGGGUGCUGUUGUCUUGCCCAUAGAGGUCUGUGUGUCCCUUCAAGGAUAUGCCUCCCCAGACCAUCACUGACCCACCACCAAACCGGGUGUGCGGGUUCAACAGCUGGACAUAUGGCAGCCACUGUGAGGCCCUGGUGGAGAGCUGUAUGACAGGAAAGGUGACUUUUUCUCACUUUGGGGACACAUGUAGUGGUGAGGCGCACAUAUAUUUAUGCACACACACACAUGCAUAAAAACACACACUGCAGGUUACGUCUGUUGAAUGGAUGUCUUUGGAUGAAUGUGUGUGUGUGUGUCUUUAUGUGUAGUGGACAAUGUGUUCAGCACCUCUCUGAAGACGAAUAAACAAGUGAUUAAGGUGACACUGCCUAGCAUCUCCAAGAACGUGUUGGUGUGCGGCAGACUGGGACAUGGCUGCGGCCAAUGUAAUGUGCCGUCAAAAGACUGGCAGAGGUGCAAGCACUGCUGGAAUUAUGUCAUUCUCAGAGGUUCAGAGCGAGGACACUAGUCUGCCUGAUGUGUGUGUGAGGGUACAGUGCACAGGGCACGAGUACUCACUGGCCGAGUGUAACAUCUAUGGUGAUAUGAAACCGCUCACUUCCCAACACAGUGUCGCAACGGUCCACUGUGCAACAGAAGAUGCAGAUAGUACUUGUGAGUUCAAGUGUGCCAAUGGAAGGUGUGUGAAGCUUGACAAUACAUGUGACGGAAUCAAUCACUGCGGAGACAGCAGCGAUGAGAUGUGCUGCAAAGCUUGUCGACGCUAUGGUUCACAUUGCCAGUCCAAUGUUUGUAUCCCUCCUCAUGCUGUUGGCGACGGAAUCAGGGACUGUCUUGGGGGGGAUGACGAGCUCAACACAAUCAAUCCGCCGACAGGUGCACCAUUCUCCUACAAGAGUAACACACAGACAUGAUCACAUAAACGACACCCAUAUUCUUGUUCUUUGUUUUUUGUUGUCUCUCAGUCUUUUUAUCUCAUAUCAUCAUGUCUGUCAUAUCAUAUCAUAUCAUCAUGUCUGUCAUAAACAUCAUUAGUCCCUAACCAACCAAACAUUCUAUUUAUUAAAAUGCCCAAUUUAAUAUUUUGGUAACACUUUAUAAUAACUACACACAAUUCAUCAUUUAAUUCAUCAUUUAAUUCAUCAUUUAUUAAGCAUUUGUAAAAUAUUAGUAAAUGGUUUGUUCAUCAUUUUUUGUAGUAUUGUUCCUACAUUAGUUCUCAUCAGUAAAGCAUUAUCACGGAAGGUGCAGAUGGACUAAACACAUUGAAAAUAAAUGACUUCCUGACUCUUUGGAAGCUCAAGUCGGCGGCGGUGUGUACGUACAGUUAGGAUAAGUGACCGGACUACUUGCGGAGUGAUAUGAAAGAACUGAAUAAGAAGCACAAAAUCCGUUGCCAUUGACAGCGGUCAUUAUUUCAGAGCUGUUACCGUCACUCCUCUAUUGGAUGUAUGUAAAGUGCACAUGUGCGUUUUAAGUAAACGCACUUUUCACCAUUUUAACUCUCCACGAGAGUCAUCUCAUUUUUAAAAAAAAAAAAAACAAUAGUCCUUAGAUGAAAAUAAGGACCCGUAGAACUUUGGGAAAUCCCAUUCAAGUCUAUGGAGCAUUCUUCUUGAAUUGUGAAGAGCCGUAUAAUAAUUCUUAAUAAAGAUGCAAUAAUAAUUUGUUUAACAGAACUUAAGGAAUUUUCUAUGGUUUAUAUAAGAUCAGUUAGAAUGGAUGUGUUAAUGAUUAAGAAACUAUUUACACCUACAUGUAGGCAUGCCUUUAUAAAAACAAUGAUUAUUGCAUAAUUUAUUGAGUAUUGCAAAUCAUUUUGUUGUCAGAUGUUUUACUUGUUUACAAAUGCUUAAUAAAUGAUGAAUUGUGUGUAGUUAUUAUAAACCAAUAUUCCUUUCAUAUU